AUGGUCUCCACUACCCCCAAGGCCACCACCUCUGUUUUCAUGCUGCCAAUGCAGCAGCAGCAGCAGCAGCAGCAGCAGCAUGUGCCUCAUCAUCCCGCGCACGGUCAGCACGCGCACCCCGCCGCCGGUCAAAGCGCCGUCAUCGCGCCCCCGCCGCACGACCACCUGCGCCGCGUCUCGCGGGCCCCGCUCAAGCGGCGCAGCACGGGCCUGGGCGGCCGCGGCCUGUCGCGCAACUACAGCGGCAAGUCGCAGAGCUUCUCCUGCAUACAGGACCUGCAGCACAACCCCUGGGCCGGCGACAGCGCGCUCGCGCUCGCCAAGCGGCGCCCCGCGGCCCACACGCCGACCCAAAGCCCCGGCGCCGCCGGCGCGCGCGGCGUCCCCGCGGCGGCGCUCGCCCUGCCGGCGGCGGCUUCACGGCAGCUGCUGCCGAGCUGGAGCAUCGACGAGGACGAGGAGUGCCUGCUGGGCGGCGUCGCCUGCACCGUGCGCCUCGCGCCGGCAAGCAGCGGCGGCAGCGCUGCUGACGACGUCGGAGACGAGGAGGACGGGUGCUCUGGCAGCAUGAGCGACGACGACGCGGAGUUUGACCACGGGGCUACGCAGGGGCCCGUCCUCUCGUCUUCGUCAGCCAUCGAGCAGCCGGGCCCGGAGGCCGACGGCGGCGCGGCCCGCGGCUUGGCCGCCGAGCUGGCCGCCGCGCUGAUGCGCGCGCGGCUGUCGGCGGCGCCGCCGCCCCUGGCGCGGGGCGCGUGGCUCGCAGCCACGGCGCUUGUCAGCGCGUGCGCGCCGCCGUGA